CGAUCCGGCCCCAUACCGUCUGACCCGCUAAGGCUCUUGCAAGUAGCGGAGAUGACCAGGAUACAUGAAGCCUAUCGCCAAUACUGGCUAGUCGACCACGCCCACAAGUUUGCGCCGGGCUCAUUUCGACUCCUCUCGACACAUAGUGCGAUCUUGAACUGCGAUAACAGUUACGCUCGACAUGUUCAGGAAGGUAGCGAUGCUUCGAAGGACGACUGGAUCGAUGCGUGUCUGCUGGCCUUGUCGAACGUUGCCGAGCUCUCGGAGAAGAAUGACCUGGAAUACUGGUGCGUUUCCGCCUUUACCCAUAUCUCUAGAUUCGGGACUAUGAUCUACGCGGCCGUGCCGUUCUGCGAUCGCCAACAAUCGACACGGACCAUCGAGCUCAUCGACGCCAUGUGUCAAGCGGGAGCUUCGAAUAAGCAUAUCUCUGUAGGGGAUACCUGGAGUACCUUGCUGGUAUACUACAGUCGCCUGCGCGCCUAUGUGUAUCAACACCUCGAGAGCAUGAACGACACAGCAGAGUCGACUCGAGAGAUGACAGGCGAUGAAAUGCAUGCUUCUCGUAUGGAGAAUGUUGCGCCAUUCGAUGCUUCGCCUGAACGGUUUGAUCCGACGGAUCCUCUCUGGCUCUAUCUACAAACAGAUGGCAUCGAGGACGAUCUUUACGCUUGGAUGUGAGCUCGAUACCAGAGAACACAGGUCACAUGCCUACGAAAAUUUCAUGCAAUGAUAUCGCGUGACAGCGGAAUCGCCAAAGCGAAAGCUCAAGGCAUAUCGCGUCUCGCACAAUUUGCCGCUCAAAACCCGUGGGAAGGUCGCCUCUAUCACGAGCUUUAAUCUUCGUCUCCGUCAACGAGACCUAUACUAUUUAUCCUCGACUUGGAUCGAGCCUAGCUCUGGUCUCGAAUCUCGGAUCUCAGAUCUUAAAUCUUUGAUCCAGGCCAAGCGAACAAAACAGGUACCUUCUCCCUAUACUCGCUCCACGCUCGAUCGUCCCCAAACUUGUCUAGCGCGAUCUGUUCC